AUGUCAAGAUUUGGCGGAAAUCAUGGAAUUCUCCUUGUCAUCGUCCUUGGUCUGUACGUUUCCAGCGCUGUCACUCAAGAUACAAAGAUGAAAUUGCGAGAUGCGUUUGACCAACUUGAAGACACAAUGAGAGAAGCGAGCAAUGAGACGGAAGAGAUUGCGACGGAGUUCGAAGAAUUGCAAAAGCAGCUGGACCAGAGCCCAAAAACAGGCACGCCCGAUACAACAAUCCAGUUUGACUCAGACACGGCGCAAGCUGCAGCUGAUCUGCUGAACAUGGAUGUGCAAGACCUGAUGGGCGAUGGACAGGAGCUCUUCGAGAGGUUGAAAGAGAUUAAUGCAAAGCUGGAGAGUGCAGGAGUCAAAGCAUUCGGUGAUCUUGAUGAGGAGGGAUCGGAGAAGACUUGGAAGGCCGAAGAUGGAAGCUGGUCAAUCGAUCAGUUGAAAGCCGAUCUUCAGGCGUGCUCCGAUGAAUUGAGUGCAAGAUUGGAAACAAGUCAGAAGGAUGCGACAAAGGACGAGGAGCCCAAGGAAUCUGCAGGAACGGAAGCUGUUGAGACGAACAAAGCAGGGGAGGGUGAAACGAAUGAUGUGUGCGAGCCAUGCAAGAAAAUAGACGAGGCUCUUGAAGACCUGGAAAAGGAAGGGGAGGAACUUUUCCGCAAGCUAAAGGAGUUGAAUCCGUACGUGGAACGAAAAGUGUACAUGAGGGGAGGGAAGUGGAGAAUAGAUAUCUUGAAAUACGACAUCGAAGCAUGUUCACAAGGAGAAAACGAAUGCGACGGCGAUGUGUGCAGCCUGAAACAAGAUUCAGACGAUCAAGAGCACAGCGAUAGGGAGGUGACAGGUGACGAUUUGUUCGAGGAGUUGCUGCAGCUGAAUGCUGAGCUGGAAGAGAAAGGGGUCAAAGCUUUCGGAGAGAUCGAGAAGGGGAGCUAUUUUGCCAAUGGGAACUGGAAUCUUGAAAUCCUUAGAGAAGACCUUGAAAUGUGCAGGGAGGAACUGAGAUUGCAAGAAGACGAGGCCGACAAGACCAGCAACACUCACGCUCUCAAGCAGGAGUCCAGUGACCGCGUGAAGAAGUUCGCCAAGAUCCUGGAGGAUUCUGCCGCAUCAAAGCAAGAAGAAUCUCAACAAGAGAAGCCUAUGAAAGUGAAGUUAAGGGAAUGA